AUGGAUGAUAGAGUUGUAUUGAAGAUUUAUUACUACGGGCAGAUCUUAUUACAAACAUAUGAGGGAGUUCAAUUCGUGUGUGAAAAUCCAUUAGAUGUUGUUAUUCCAUUCACAUUGUCAUUUGAGGAGUUGAAAGGUGUGAUUUGUGAGAAGAUAAGCACGCAAAGAUGUAGGAGAAUAUCGUGUAUAUUGUACAGGUAUCCUUUACCUGUGUUUGGCGGGUUUGUUCAAUUUCAAACCAAGUAUGUGAUGGACGAAGCGAGUAUGCAGGAAAUGUUUUCAAUGUACAUGGAAAAUCGCCACCGAAUAUCGUGCAUCGAGUUAUAUAUUGAGUUUGAGCAAUCUGAAGCAGACCGUAACAUUGAGUUGGAAGAUUAUAAUAGUGAAAGCGAAGAUGAAUUUGAAAGUAACUAUGAGAUCGUCGGUCCAGGCGAGGACGAAGAAGAAGCUGUUGGCGACAUGAACGCAGAUGUGGCGGAAGUUGCAAAUGCACUAACAAACCCGCAUCCGUUUCAAGAGCCUUCUUUCAUGCGGUCGUUGGAUUUAGGGGCUAUGCACGCAUCGGAGUUUCCGGAAUAUAUGAAUACAGCCCCUCCUGUUGUGGCGGAUGGUGAGUUCACAGUGGGGAUGGAAUUCAGCUCAAGGGAGGCAGUAAUCAAGGCAAUGAAAGAUUAUACCAUCCGGAGAGGUGUGGACUAUCGGGUAUAUGAGUCGGAACCGACGACAUUCUAUGCCAAAUGUAUAGAAUAUGGGAAUGGUUGUGACUGGUUGAUCCGGGUAACCAAAAUGCAGAAGAAGUACUGUUGGGAGAUAAGGAGGUACAAUGGAAGUCAUACCUGUACCAGGUCUACUAUUUCUCAAGACCAUUCGAAGCUGGAUUCCAAGACAGUUGCGGAAGCAAUAAAGCCGUUGGUAGAGGUUGACCCGUCUAUAAAGGUAAAAUCUGUAAUUGCUGAUAUCCAGUCAAAGUUUAACUACACCAUCAGUUAUCGCAAGGCUUGGUUAGCAAAGCAGCAGGCGGUCGAAUCAAUUUUCGGAAGUUGGGAAGCAUCGUAUGAAGCUUUGCCGAUAUGGUUUGAGGCCAUGUGCCACAAAGAGCCAUCAGCAGUGGUUCACUUUGAAACAAUGCCAGCUUACCAGGGGGAUGAUUUGGUUCCUGAUAUACGUGUUCUACAUAGAGUCUUCUGGAGUUAUUACCCCUGUAUAAGGGCCUUCAGACACUGCAAGCCAGUGGUGCAGGGUUUCAACUUUUCAACUAUCCUUUGA